UUGACAGUGGUCACCUGAUAUAUUUCCAAUUCACCAUGAAGGUAAUUUGCUUAAUCUUCGUCUAUCUCUCCUUAAACAUUUCAACUUUGUUGGUAACUGGUCAAAACAACAGGGAGAGUUCUCGUUAUGUUGGAGCAAAUAAAUUGAACAUUACAGGAAUUCGAUUCAUGAUUGCAGUAAAUGCAACCUGGAAAGAGGACAAUGGCUGCAUUGCUUACGUUUUAACACCCUGGCUACCACCAGGAAAGAGCUGGAAUGAAACCCAGCCGAUUCGAGUGGGGAACUGUGAUAAAGGACCAGCAACGUACCAAAUAACUCCAGCAACUGACGGAAAAAGCAUAGUAAACGUGAACGCGACAUUUUACUCCUCUGACGUUGAGGACGUUGACCCUCCAAGGUGCCAGAUUCCAUUUAAUGGAACCUUCCUGGUCCCCGGUCCUGACGGCUACGAUGAUGAACUCCUGCCCAAUUGUUAUGUCGAAGACUCCAGGGAAGGGGCCUACCUGACUCUGACAUGUAGUUUUGACGAUGGUCUGUGUGAAUGGUACCCUAUUCCAAACAAUUUAGUUCAAUGGAAACUCGGAACAGGGAGCACCCAGGACCCUUCCUCAGGACCCGGCGGUGACCAUUCUCCGGCAGGAGAUGGUCAGUACCUGUACAUCGAUGGUCAUGAAUUUUUAAAUACAUCACUAGCAGCUGAAAUAAGAAGUCCAGAAUUGUAUAUCCUCAGUAACACCACAUUAUCUUUCUGGUACCACAUGAAUGGAGUGGGAGUUGGAGAUCUAAGGGUCGUUUUAGUAGACCGAUACCAAAACAGAAAGAUAGCCUGGGUGAAAUCUGGUAGACAAGGACCAGGGUGGUGUUUGGGUCAUGUUAGUUUGGAGGACCUCACAGCUUAUGUUAUAUUUCAAGGAACAACCAGGCUUCACUAUUCCUCUGACAUAGCAAUUGAUGAUAUAUCAGUCUCCAUGGAGCCAUAUGAAUUAACACACAGUCCAUGGUUUACAACAACGACUUCGAUGAAACCAUCCACUACAUCAAUACAUAUUUUCCAAUUACCAACUUUAACAAUUGACUGUACCUUUAGCACAAGCAUGUGUUCAUGGCAGCAAGCUAAAGGUGACGAUUUUGACUGGCACAGAUGGUAUGGACGAUCUCCGGAUUUAACUUCCGGUCCAGAAUUUGACCAUAAAAAUGCAACUGAUUACUAUCUAUUACUGAAGGGUCAUGAAUCCCUCAACAGCAGCUGGGUAGCCAGUCUCUUCAGUCCACACAUCACGGUCACUAAGCCUAGAAAUUUAACAUUCUGGUAUCAUAUGAAUGGAGCCGGAAUAGGAAACCUCACAUUAUACAGAGAGAACGCUGACGGCUCCAAGAAACAACUGUUUAUAAGGUCAGGGCGCCAAACCUCGUCUUGGAAACAAGUCAGUGUAACGCUUCCGGUUGGUUUUUACAAGUUGGUGUUCGAGGCCACUGCAGCGCACCACUACAGCAGUGACCUUGCGAUAGAUGACAUACAUUUACAAGCUGGUCCACCGAUAGUAGGGUAACCAUUUCACGAAGUAUGCACUUAAUCAUGUCCGCAACCCCAACCCACCAAGAUAGUGUUGAUAGAUCAAGACUCACCUAUACAAUUCAACAUUUGCUUAAAAUCCUACCGUUACUACUCAGCCAUUUCUGUGAUUGAAAUAAGAACUUCCGAGGACACGUGUGGUUGUUAUUUGUGCAAAGUCAAGAAGUUCAAGAACUCUGGAAGAAUUCUUAUCUCCUAUGUAAUGCAUGUAGUCAAAUUAAUCCAAAACGUACAUAGAAUAUUCCAUUCUAUAAUUAAUUUAAAGAUGCAUAGUCCGAUAACAUGUACUCAAGAAUAUCACAAGAUUGGUAAACAUGUGCGAUAGCUAUCUAUUUGUUAUUGAUCGAAAUAAAUUAUUAUACAUUUCCUCAAAAUCGCAUAUAAAGAGUAUUUUUAGGUCACCUGAGUAAACAAAGGUGACCUAUUGCAAUUGGUUGACGUCCGUCAUCGUCCAUCAUGUGUUAACAAUUGAACAUUUUCAACUAAACUUCAGGACUCCUGCAUAUCUAGGGCCAUAGGGGCGGGGCAAAAACUGCCCAAAAUUGACCAAUUUUCAAAGAUCGUCUUCUCUAGAACCGCACAUGUAUCAGAAAAUCUAAAUGCAUAAUGAUGUAGAGUCAGGAAGGCCUCUACCAAAAUUGUAAAUUUCAUGAUCCCCGGAGUAGGGGUUUUGAUCCCAGGGCGGGGCUAAACCAAUCUAAUUAAAAUCAGACUUCUUAGAUCCGCGCCGUAUACUCUGCGUAAGUAUUACAGCGAUUGUGAGCAUAUCCUAGGAUCUGAUUUUAAUUAGAUUGGGGCUAAACUUAAUAUAUAGUGUUUACAAAUAGCAUCUUCUUUAGUACUAUUGAUACUACAUUGAAACUAAAUGGAUGUUUAGAAAGAGCAGGUAAUCCUUUACCAAAAUUGUAAAUUUGAUGAUCCCAGGGGUAGGGUUUUUCGUAUUAGAGUGGAGCCAAAAUGGUCGGUCAUUAAAUGUGUGAACAAUAUAAUUUUUUAACUUCUUCUUGAUAACUACCAUUCCAAUUCAUUUUAAAUUUGGUAUGAAGCAUCUUCGGAACAAGGGGGAUAUGAAUUGUAAAUGUCAGGAUUCCUGCACUUUCGGGGCCUUAGGGGCGGGGCUAAAAAUGCCCCAAAUUGACCAAUUUUCAAAAGUGUUCUUCUCUAGAACCUCACAUGUUUAAGAAAACCUAAAUGCAUAAAAUUGUAAAGCAGGAGAGACCUCUACCAAAAUUAUAAAUUCAUGAUCCCCGGGGUAGGUGUUUUGAUCCCAGGGUAGGGCCAAACUUACUAUAUAGUGUAUAAAAUAUGUAAAACAUUUAAUUAACAUCCUCUUUAGUGCUAUUGAUACUGAAUUAAAAUUAAAUAAAUAUUGAGAAGAAGUAUAUAGUCCUCUACCAAAAUUGUAAAUUGCAUGAUUCUAGGGGUAAAGGGUUUGUUUCAGGGAGGUUGGGAAAUUUUAAUGAUGAUUUGAAGGACUUAUUCAAAUUUGCUGAUACUGUUUAAAAUCUAAAUGCAUACUUAGGAAGAGUAGAAAAGGAUUUACAAAAAAUGGUGAAUUUCACAACCCAGGGUUUCGACUUUAGGAUGGGUGCAGAUCAAUCAUAUCUUCUAAUGUUAAUACACAUAUUAUUUUACGUAAAACCUUUCAUCAGUGUAUGCACUUUUGAGGACAUUGAAGUUUUAAGAACACAUCUUGUUUUAUAUAUACUUUUGCUGAACAUUAGAAUUUAGCUUAAAUAUUCAGAACAGGAUUUUUUCUCUCUAGAUUUCAUAGCCCUUGGGAGCAGUGAUACUUUUCACUAGUAUCCAGGCGACCGCUAAGGCCUUUGGGCCUCUUCUGAAGUGUUGAACCAGUAUAAUGUAUUCAUAACUGCGUGAUAUUUGAGAAAUAUGGCAGAUGAUGUUAGUUCUAGAGACUCUUUCUACGGCUUAUGUUCAUGGAAAACUUAAAUUAUUUUUGGAGCAAAAAGUACUAAAUGUAUUGGUAAUAUGUAUAUAUAAUAAUUGAUAUAAGAAGGUAAUAACAAAAGACUACUGAGAUAAUUAAAAUUGACAGUUUUAAUUAUUGUAGAUAAUAGAUAAAUAAUAAGGGCACAUGAAUGACAAUUGAUGAUACAUGUAUAUAUAAAAUGUUUUUCAGUAAUAUUCAAUACAUGCUCCCUUCUUUCUCAUUAAAAUGAUAUACGAUCACAAAAGUUGAGAAAUACUGGGGAAACUAUAGGAGAGUUUGGAAUUCUUGGAAGCACGCUGUAUGAGGAUAUUUCAAAAGCGUUUCAUAAACAUUUAAAAUAUAUCACGAUUUAUUCUGCAUGUUUCAUAAGCAUGAAUUUAUUUUUCAGGUGAGAAAUGAGUUGAGAAUUUCCGUGCGUCACAUGUACAUUUACUGCAAAACUUGUGUCGAAUGUUGUACCGCUUCCGUCUCUGUGUAGGGUUUUCUAAGUUAUGGAUUUCUAAAGCAAAUAAAUAUAUUUAUACCUUUUAA